ACGACCAAAGUAUGAAAAACGCGUUGCUGUUGUUUGUCACCGCUCUGGUUGUGAUUCACUAGGUAGGCGGAGGUGACCACAACUCAGCAGAAUCUGCCAAGAAGAAGAAAAAGAAAGACAUCCGGGACUAUACAGAUGCAGAAAUGGAGUUGUUUGCACAAUGGGAGGGUAACGAAGAGGACAAGGAUCCAGACGAUUUUGCAUGGAAGAAACCCAAACAACCCAACGUUAUGUUUGACCCUUCGAAGCGUAGCGACAACGCUGAGGAUCUCCUCAAACAAUCAAAGAAAGGACAAGUUCUCAUGUUGUUCGUCCAAGUCGCAGGCAACGUGACCAAACCACAAGCAGAGAAGAUCACCGGCCGAUGGCAAUCGUCUCUAUUUAAUAGAAACAUUUAGAUCCAGAGAUACAUGAUAGACGACACGAAAGCCAUCUUUCUACUCGAAGACGGCAGUUUGGCUUGGGACGUAAAAGACUAUCUCAUUCAACAACCCGAGUGUCGAAGUGUGGAAAUCGAGCAAAAGACGUAUUGGGGCAAGGGGCAAGACAAGCAGAUAAAGAUGCAGAGGAGAAGAAAAGUGAUGAGAUAAUGAAAAAGGCGGCACAAACAGGCUUACCGAAAGCAACAGAAGAGAAACCAAAUGAACAGAGAACGAGCGAAAAGAGGGCGGGGUCUAGUGGAAGUCAACAUAGCAAGGAUGAUCUAUAGUGAGGGAUGUGUUGUAUUGAGUGAGAGGAACUGAGUGUAAUAUUUUUACGAUGGAAAGUUUGGAACCAUCACAGACUCCUGAUCAACACCGGUUGUGUACAUCAAAUCAACUUCAUCGUCACAGAUCACGAACAGCUGUAGGUUAUUCUUGCAUUGCAUUGCAAGAGAUUUCCUAAUUAAUUAAAAACUGUUUUCAAUAGGUAUUGGACUGAAGCGUUUAACCCGAUUAUUAUUAGAAAUAAAAAGGGCACGAAUUAAUUAGCUAUUUGCAAUGCAAAUUAAUUAAUUAACUCAUUAACAGUGAGUCAAAAAUUCAAUAUUUAUUGAUGGAGUCCCGUAUGUGUAAUGGCGGCAUUGCUACCGGUAUGUGGUAAUUGAAUGAUGAUGUCAAUUUUCUAUUGUGAGAUAAUACAAGAUUUCAAUGAGUAUGUACAAUCAUGUCCAUCUAAUGACAGACGGUCUAACGCAAUCUAUAUAUGUGCCACUCAAACACU